UUAUUAUCAAAGUCGAAAUACAGUAGAAACUAAGAAAAAAGGAAAUAAUCAAGAAAGCUAGGAAAUGAAUACUGAAAAGAAGGAAAAUGUCAGGGUAGCGUUAAUUUUAAUGAAAGAAAAUAAAAUACAAAGAGGAAAACAAAAUAUUAUAGAAUGGGAUGUCAACCCGGCUUCAUUGUUCCAAUCAGUGACACCUAUCAUAUUUUGACAGCUUUUCAAGAAACCACAAUUAUCUUUAACAAAUAGCGUGAUUUUGUCUAUACAAACUUGCCCAAAUGAAAAAAAAAUCGACCAUCAAAUCUUUACCACUCCUUCAAAAAACCAAAAACAAUGCAGUUUUGAUAGAAAUGAAGCUACUUCAACCCUUUUUGCUACUGCUAACAUUACCAAUCGUACUGUCUGAACGAUUCUGCGGCCCUCAAAAGCACUACAACCAGCCCAAAGGAAAAAUUGAAACAGAUAAUCAUGCAAAAACGGAAAUAGCCAACUGUACUUGGUCCAUUAGGACCGUUAAAAACAGUGUAAUUGUUUUGAAUUUUAAAGAAAUCCAACUAGGACUGUUCGAUGAUGGUUAUAAUGAUGAAAAAAAUUGCCUCAAUAUAACCAAUUUAAACAAGACAGAGCGCUACUAUACCGUCUGCUCCAUUCACAGAUUUUCGGAAAGUUUUUCUUUUCCAACAAACGAACUGCUUCUAACUUUAGAAGUCAGCUCGGAGUCGCACCUGAAACUAAGCUACACCAGUUACGUUGUAAACUGUACCAAAACUGAACUGAACUGCUACAAUUCGAGAUUUUCUUCGAGGAAAAUCACCAAGGUGUGUCCUGAAGGUAUGCUACUAUGCAAUCACCGGUGCAGUAAUUCUAAAGUUCUUUGUGGAGAUGUUUGUUAUGAUAUUAUGAAGCAGAGGUGUAACGGUGUAAUAGAUUGUCUGACUGGCGAAGACGAGCUGGGUUGCGACCAGGAAACUUGUCCCAACCAAAUCGCCUGUACCGACCAAACAAAAUGCCUAAAACCCCAGGAAAUUUGCGACGAAAAACCCGAUUGCAAAAACGGCUUCGACGAACUCAACUGCCUCAGAUUUUCCUGCAAAAAAGACGACCCUGAUUGCGACAUUGAAAGAAUCACAGAGGAGCACAGUAGUGGAGAAACUAAAAACUAUUUAACUUAUGUUAUCGUUAUCAGUUUGAUUGUGAUGAUGUUGAUUUUUGUUUUGUUGAUUUGCAAAUAUAUGGCUAGGAUUGAGCAGAGGACGCAAGAUUUGAAUACUCUUGUUAAUAUACCUUUGCCACCUUUUAGGGGUCCUGGCGAAAAUUCUGAUACAGAAGACGCCUUAUACUUUGACGAAGACGAAGACAUUUGGCAAAGUCUCACCGCAAAUCUGAAUCGCAUCAAAAACAAACGCAAAAAAUUUGAAACUCAAAAUAUCACUAUGGUUAAACCUCCAGAAGGUAAAAGUGUCCUGGACGAAUUUUUCAAAGGCGUUCCGCCUGUUUUGGCUGAAGAUAUGGCUGCGUUGGCUUCCAUCAAAAUAAGCCGCGAAAUGUGUCGCGGUUUGAGGAAGACCAAAAGCGAAGAAAGACCUUUGACGAGAAAACUGUUUGUUGACCAUAAAGAUGAUUCAGAAGGUUGCAGUGAAGAUGACGAGCCUAAACCGCCAAAAAUAAAGAAACUAACUCGUGCCAAUGCAAUAAAAAGUGAUACUGAUUAUGUUAAAGGAAAGGGAGUUAGAUUUAAUUUUCCUAGCACUUUUGUUUAAAUGUUCAUAGAUUAAUAUAAUAUUAUGUACUUACCAAUAACUAAUACGCUGCUACACAAUAACUAACUCCUAAUAGGAUAAAGGAAAGGGGUGCAAGAGGUUUUUAUAACCACCAUUGAAGAGUUACUAUGGAAACAAUAGAUAAGAAUUAAUGGGUAAUGAUAAGGUUUAAGUAGGGGAGGGACACCUGCAGGAUUAUGGCAAAUAAAUGGAAAACCUUUUUUUGAGUUUAUCCUGAAUCAAAAAAUCCAGAAACUGCUUUUUGAUUUGGUUCUAAUGAGAACCCAAGUAAGUACAUUUAUGAGAAAAAAAAGUAGCAAAUUUCUGCAACAUUGCACACUCGCUAUAUAUUUUUAUCGAUAUUCUAAUUAUGUACUCUAUAUAUUUCCGUCGUGUUUUCGCUCAAAUAUUUGCUGUCCCAGAUAAGGAUAUAUUAAUUUUUGGGUCCUGACACGUAAACCUCUUUAGCAAUGGCGUCAAAAGGAUAUUUUAGUUGGAAAUUUC